UAUGUCAAGAUGAAGCUGUACAUAAUCAUUCUCACCCUUACCAUAUUUUCAGCUGACGCUGAUGUUGAACAUGAAGCUUUCCAGCUGCUAGUAUGCUCUAAUACAGAAGAAGAGUUUUACAUUGGAUAUGAUGAAGAGGAGUUGUGGCAUGUCAACUUUGAUCAGGAGACAGAAGUUUUGACAAUACCUAAUUUUAUAGGAUCUUUGUCAUUUGCUGAGUUUUAUGAACGUAGUGUUAGAUAUAUAGACACAUGCAGAAGCUACUUACGCAACUUCAUUAUACAGUUUGAGAGCCCAACACCAGAAAUGGAUGCUCCCCAGACUUCCAUCUAUCCAAAGGAUGAUGUACAUCUGGGUGUUAAGAACACCCUCAUCUGUCAUGUGACUGGCUUCUAUCCUCCAACUGUCAGCAUCUCAUGGACUAAGAAUAAUGUUAAUUUGACAGAAGGCAUCAACUUUAGCCAAUACCGUCCAAAGUCAGAUGGUACCUUCAACAUCUUCUCCGCUAUUAAAUUUACACCCAUUAUAGGAGAUGUUUACGGCUGUACUGUGCACCACAGAGCCCUCCAGGGCAAACCUCAGACCAAAAUAUGGGAUGUUGAUAUUGCCCUCCCAAAUGUUGGUCCAGCAGUAUUGUGUGGAGUAGGUCUGGUUCUGGGGCUGCUGGGAGUUGCUGCUGGAACUUUCUUCUUCAUUAAAGGAAAGAACUGCAACUGACGAUUGAGCUAUGGAAAGAUUGAAAAUAUCUAUUAAAUGUAUUGUAACUGAGCUUUGAAAACAAUGCCAUAGCUCACUUAUGUGUGUCAUUCAUGGCAGGUAGCAUUGUUGGUGUAUAAAUACAUAUGUGCAUAAACCUGGAUCAAAUCUGUAGUAGCAUCUUUUCUUUUCUUUUCUUUUCUUUUCUUUUCUUUUCUUUUCUUUUCUUUUCUUUUCUUUUCUUUUCUCCAUAAUAAUUCAAAGCACUAUCACAUGUAGUUUCCUUUGAGUGUUGUUACUUUCUGGAUUUAAAUGCAAAAUUAAUUACAUAUACAAAUUAAAACAUGUUAACCAUAUGACUUAAUACUUUCUAUUAUCUUUAUUAUUAAUUAUUAUUAUUAGUAGUAGUAGUAGUAUAUAAGGCAGCCCUGGUUUAAUUGCUUCUGUUCUCCUCAUUUGUCAGUCACUUCUUUCAUAAACUCGCCUCUCUCAAACACCAUGCUGCCCUCAAAAAUGAAUGCUUACAUUACGUUCAGAUAUUAUGGACAUUAGAAUCAUAAAUGAAUAAAAUAAAAUAAAACCUCCAUUUUAGAGCUGUCUGACUCUGUGGUAGCUUGUAACCUCAGCAAACAUCUGAAAACCAGAACAUUUGAGCAUUUUCGUUGGAAGUAUGCACAACAUAUAAUUGGUCAUUUUGUUCUCCAUGAAUAUAAUGGAAAAUGGUUAAUAAAGGUUUUGCAUAAUUGU